GGCCUCUCCCGUUGCGGAGCACAGGCUCAGGACGCACAGGCUCAGUGGCCAUGGCUCACGGGCCCAGCCGCUCCUCAGCAUGUGGGAUCUUCCCGGACCGGGGCACGAACCUGUGUCCCCUGCAUCGGCAGGCAGAUUCUCAACCACUGCGCCACCAGGGAAGUCCAACGGUGGCAUUCUUAGCCCUGUUUCGCUGCUAAGGGGCUGAGGCUUAGAGAUGCCCCAGGACUGGAGGCCAAGUUAAAUUCCCUCGGCUUCAGCGGUCCUGAGGAAGUGCUGCCUGCCACCUCCAGGGACAUCCCUGCGACGUGGUCCCCUGGAGCCCUCUGCAGGAGUGCCUGUCCACCUGGGGCCUAGGAAUCUUACUGUACAGUGGCCUCUCCCAGGCCCAGCAGUGAUUGGGAAGAGGCUCUGUCCUAUGCAGCUGGUGUGCUGGUUCAUCGUUGAACGGCGGGCCCCAGGGAGGGCAAACCCUGAUCGGUACCUUUGCAGUUGUCCUUCAUAUAAAUACCCCACGGUGGCUGAUUUCAAGCGACCACCAGUUUAACAACUGCUUCACAAAGACUCCUGAAAAUUGAACAAUGUAGUCAUGAUGUGAGUUGCUCCAGCACACUGCUGCCUGUGGUAGCAGGGAUUGGUGUAAUAAGUAAAUUAUACAGUAUGUUAGAAGAGGAUGAGUUCCAUGAGAGGAGAAAAUAUAGAGCAGGCAGGGAUGACUUCAGGUUUUGUAGAACUAGAAGCUCAUACAAUUUGAGGGGUCUUUUUUUAAGGAAACUAAUUUAAAAUGACAAAUGUGAAGUUGAGGCCAGGGCCCUAGGAGGGGCCCGUGCAAGUCACAGUUCCUGACGGAGGAUGGGGGAUGCAGGAGGGAUGCAGCAGAAGGGACUGGGGCCCGGUCAGUCCAGCCUGGCAGGUCUUCCAAAGGACUCUGGCUUUACUGUGGACCCAGCUGUAGCAGCUGUCGGUGCCACUUAUAAGGCUCACGCUGCCCUCUGUUGAGGAGGGACAGUGCGAGUGGGCAGGAGUGGCAGAGAGAGAUCAGUUAAGAGGUCAGAGUAGUGAUCCAGGCAAGAGAUGAUGGAGGCUCAGAUCAGGGUGGGGGCAGCCAGGGUGCUGGGUGUACAGCUCGGGGCACAGACUGGACAGGUCCUCAAUUCCUUGGAGGAGUAGCAGGGCCGGAGGCUGGGUUUUAGUGGCUGAGGGAUAAGUGGGAGGUGCGAGAUGGAGAGCAGUGGGGGGCACAACUCUCUGAGAGGCUGGAAGCCAAUGGAGCACAGGCAAGGGGGGUACUCGGCGGCAGCAAGAGGGAUUGUGGACUGUAAAGGUGCAGCUGAGCAUGAGGCUCCACGUCCCCUCUGUCACGGGGAUGUGCUGCAGCAAGGCCCGUGAGCACAGCAUCAGCCCCUUCUGGGGUCAGCCUUGGUGCCGCCGCCACCUCCGAGGACAGUGUAGGCUGGGGAGGCGGGGAGGAAGCUCUCGUAGGUCAGGAGUGGGAACUGCCGACCCACCCUCGCGGGAUGGGAGGUCGGUCCCCUGUGUGUUGUUUAAGGGUGAGUGCGGGUGCCGUCACCCAGCUUGCUGGGGCGAGUUGAAAGCCAGCCGUAGCCAGGCCGGCCAGAGCCCCAAGGUGCUCGUGCAAUGGGGGAGGGUAACACGGAGGCUUGAGGUCUUGAGUGGAGGGCGAUGACUCGAGCCCCCCGUGUGGAUUUACCAGGGAGGGUGACUGGCCGUACUGAGGUUCACAGGGCCAGGCCCACGGGAGUGGGGGACCGUGAGCCUACACGCGCCCCACCCUGCCAGCCACUGGGCUGAGGUCAGACAGGUGGGGCGGGUGGGCUGGGCAGAGGGCUGAGGAGCUGGGGGUGGGGCUGGAAAGUUCUGCAGGAGGGGCCGGAGAAGGGAAGCACCCGAGAGGCAGACGCUCUCCCUGGCACUGUGGGCCCCUCCCUCCCUCCGACGGUUUCGCUUUUGUUUUCUUGUCCCAGCCCUUUGGCUUUAGGGCGAAGGGGAAGGAGUCCGGCUGAAGGCCUAGGCUGCGGCGGCCCAGGCAGCUGGGGGAGCGUGAGUGCAGGAUGUGGGCCAGCCCCACAGUGAGGGGGGUGCCAGGGAACGCUGCUCAGGGGCCUGCGAGGGGUGAGGCGGGGCUGUGGGCGGCUACCCCACCUGUUCCUUCGGCCCAGGCUGUGAUGAUGGGUGAGGAAGCGGAGCUGGGGGCAGCCGUGGAACUCAGAGGCCUGCCCCCCGACGUCCCAGACGAGCUGCUCACGCUCUAUUUCGAGAACCGUCGAAGCUCUGGGGGUGGACCUGUGUCGAGUUGGCAGAGACUUGGCCGCGGGGGCAUCCUCACCUUCCAGGAGGCUGCAGAUGCAGCGAGGGUCUUGGCCCAGGAGGAGCACACUCUGCACGGCGCUCGGCUGAGCCUGCGGCCAGCCCCACCACGCGCCCCUUCGCGCCUACUGCUCCAAGGGCUGUCUGCUGGCACGGGACCCCAGCACCUGGAGCAGUAUGUCCAAGCCCUGCUUUGUGCCGCAGGGCAGCCAGUGCAGCUGUGCCGUGCCCUGGCCAGUCCCCGACCAGACCGGGCCCUGGUGCAGCUGCCCAAGCCCCUUUCAGACGCAGGUGAGAGGCGGGAUCGGGGCAGACGCGCCUUUCAGGGGAGAUGCCCCGAGCUGACUUGCACCCUCCCCACAGAAGCCCGCGUCCUGGAGGAGCACGCCCAGUCCCUGGGCCUGAAGGGGGCUGAGGUCUCCCUGGCCUGGGUGCCUCAGGCCCGGGCGGUGCGUGUCGUGGGGGGCAUCCCCCCUGCAGACCUGCUGCUGCUGGAGCUGUACCUGGAGAAUGAGCGCCGCAGUGGCGGGGGGCCCCUGGAGGGCGUGCGCAGCCUGCCAGGGCACCUGGGCACCAUCGCUUCCUUCCAGCAGUGGCAGGUGGCCGAACGGGUGCUGCAGCGGGCCCACCAGCUGCAGGGUUCAGAGCUGAUCCUUGUCCCCCACUACGAUGUCCUGGAGCCCGAGGAGCUCAGCGAGCACACCAGUGGAGGGAGCCGCUUGGCCGAGUUGGGGCCUGGGGCCCCCAAGCAUGCUCUCCUGGAGGCUGGAGGGCCAGCAAGGGCACAGAAUUGUGCAGGGAAUGUGACACUGGGCUCUGAGGAGGCACCGGGGCAAACAGGAGCCUUGCUGAGGACAGGGCAUCUCUGGGACAGGUCCUCUCUGGGACAGGCCAGGCCAGUCAGCUCCAGGCCCGUGGGGUCUUCAGAACAGGAGGGGUUGGUGAGCCCGGGGCCUACGGGGUCUCCAGGCCCAGUGGAGAUUGCCAUGGAGUCUCUGGAGCAGGUGGUGUCAAUGAGCCUGGGCCCUGUAGGGUCACCGGGGCAGGAGGGCCUGGUGGAGACAGUGCUGCCGAUGGAGCUGGGAGCAAUGCGCUUCAUUCAACUCUAUCAUGAGGACCUUCUUGCUGGCCUGGGAGACGUCGCCCUCUUCCCACUCGAGGGAUCAGAUACGACUGGAUUUCGGCUCUGCGGAGCCCUGGCCCCAUGCCAGGCAGCCGAGGAGUUCCUGCAAAGUCUGCUGGGCAGCGUGAGCUGUCACGUGCUGAGCCUGAAGCACCCAGGCAGUGCCAGGUUCCUGCUGAGCCCAGAGGGGCAGCACCUUCUGCGGGGGAUGGAAGCUCAGUUCCAGUGCAUCUUUGGGACAGAGCGUCUGGCCAGGGCUGCCCUGGACACAGACCUGGGAGAGGUGGACCCCACUGAGGCCCUACAGGUGCUCCCUGGCCACUCCCACACCCUGUGGCCUCCAGACAGUACAGACGGUGGCCAGGAGAAUGUGAGCCUAGAGGAGGUCCGAGAGCUGCUGGCCGCCCUGGAGGGCCUGGACGGGGAAGACUGGCUGCCACUGGAGCUGGGGGAGGAGGAGCCCGCGGGGCAGCCGGAGGAGGAGAAGACUCCCAGGGCUGGGGAGGGGCCUGUGGCACCCCGCACCGGGGUGCCUGGGCGGCUGCAGGAGGAGGCUGAGCUGCAGCUGGCUCUCUGCCGCUCGCUGGAGCCACAAGGCCAGGUGGCCAAGCGGGAGGAGGCUGUGGCGCUGCAGUGGGCCCUGGCCCUCUCCCUCCAGCCGCCCCCGCUGGAGGAAGAACCGGAGCCCCGGGGUGGGGGGCCUGGCGGCUGGGCCCAGCUGGAGGUGCACGCGGCCUUCGAGCAGGAUAUGGAUGAGCUGGGCCGGGCCCUAGAGGCGGCCUUGGAGGUGCACCUCCGGGAGGAGACGGUGGGGCCCCGGGGCUGCGUGCUGCCCGCGGAGCUGUGCGCCUGCCUGGAGCGGCGCCACGGCGUGAGCGUCGCCCUUCGUGGUGACCGCACCGUCCUCCGUGGCUUUGGGACCCAGCCCACCCGUGCGGCCCACCACUUAGCAGCGCUGUGGGCUGGCCCCCGGGAUCAGAGCUUGGCCUUUCCCUUGGAGGCUUCGGGCCCCACUUUGCCACAGCAGAGGCCGAGGGAGCUCUUGGGCAGGCUGGAGUGUGUGGCCGAGAGCAGCAGUGAGUUCCAUACGGUAGUGCAGGCCUUCUACGACACACUGGACGCUGCCCAUGGCAGGAUCCGUGUUGUCCAGAUACGCAGACCCUCACGCCUUUCCCAGACCGGGCCCAGUCCGCCACCAGCAGCACCACCACCGCUUUCCUGGGGAUGACCACUGUAACUCUGGGUGGACUUAGCAGCUGUCACUUCUGCACUUGGAGAGAGGAGGACGCCCUGCACUCAUGCCCCGUGCUCCUCCCGAGGCUCUGUUAGUCAGUCACGUGCGCUUGAUUCUUCUAGCAGGACCUUUGUGACUUUACGUGGUACACUUGAGUCUUUUUUCCACUUAACGAUUUUAGAGACUGUUUCUUGCCUCCCUGCAUGGAAGAUCAGGAGAAUGGGCUUCCCUUCCCCCUUUCACCUCUUCCUCCCUCUUCCAUCUCACAGUUUGGCCAGUGACAUUACUUUUAACUUGGCAAGGUUGACAAAUGUCAUCUUCUAUUCUGCAUGGCACGCUUCUAUUCCAAGCAUGAAGCUCCAAACUUGGGCCAUAGGUUGAUCGAAAUAUAAUGACAAUGAACAAAUAUUUACCACUGGACCAGAGAGGAAAGGGGGAAAUGAAAAACCUAGUUAUUGAAACCAUGUUGCAUGAAAGAGAAUAUUCUAGGAUUCAAGGACUAAUGGCUCUUUUUUUUUAUAAUAGACUUAUUUUAUUUAUUUAUUUUAUACGCUGUGUUGGGUCUUCAUUGCUGUGUGCGUGGGCUUUCUCUAGCUGCAGCGAGCUGGGGCUACUCUUCGUUGCAGUGCACGGGCUUUUCAUUGCGGUGGCUUCUCUUGUUGCGGAGCACAGGCUCUAGGCCUGCAGGCUUCAGUAGUUGUGGCAUGUGGGCUUCAGUAGUUGUGGCUCGCGGGCUCUAGAGCGCAGGCUCAGUAGCUGUGGCGCACGGGCUUAGUUGCUCCGCGGUAUGUGGGGUCAUCCCGGACCAGGGCUUGAACCCGUGUCCCCUGCACUGGCAGGCAGAUUCUUAACCACUGUGCCACCAGGGAUGCCCAACUAAUGGCUCUUGAUUUUGUUUACUUUCUUCGUUUUUCUCUGUGGUGCUUGGCUGCUGGCUUACUCUUGGUGACCGCGUCACCUUCUUGCCUAGAUUCCUUUUCUGUGUAGUAAAAGUAUCUCCUUGAGUGAGUAGUCAACAUUUUGGACUUUUAAAUGUGUUUUGCCUUUUGCAAUUAGAAGUAAUUUGCAACUAUAAUUUGAUAUUGGUAUUUUUUUCAAACAAAAGAUGCUAUGUGUUUAUUAAGACAUUUCUGUUAACUUAAGCACAGCUGGUUCUUGCAUACCUUAAUCUGUCCUUAUUUUGUCCUCACCAUUAAUAGUUUGGUUGGAUAUAGGGUUCAAGAUCAAAAUAUGUUUUCCUUCAGAUCUUUUGAGAGACUUAACUCUUUUUGUUUCCUCCUUAAAAUUUUUUGUUCUUGGAAAGGCAAGAAAAAAAAUCCUUCUAUGGUCUCUUAGCAUCCAAUAUUGCUGGUGAGGACCCCAAUAUGAAAACGUGAGGUUUUUUUCCAUGUCUAUAUGUCGACUUUGGGGUGUGUGUGUGUGCACGCGUGCGUCUGGACGCUUGUAGACUUCUCUUUCACUUUGAAGGUUGAAGUUUUCCCAUCAGGUAGGUGCCUUUCCACAUUGUCUUUGGCAUUUUAUGGCAAGAUCCUUUCCAUCUGAAGAUGCUCCCUUCAGCUCAGGCAAACUGUCUUCCAUUAAGUCCUCACUUGCUCCCAUCACCUGUUGGGUGUCUUCUUAUGGAGCUCCUAUGACUCAGAUCAUAGAGCUCCUCCCCCCUCCCUCAUCUGUCCUCUCACAGUUCCCAACUCUUUUCUUUAGCUCUGCACUCUGAGUCACUUCCUGAACUCCAUCUUCAUCAUCUUAUUAUUAUCCACACCCACUGGAUGCAGUUCAGCAAUUCCAUUCUUAAUGUAAGAACUCUCUAAUUUUCAGACUGUUUCUUUUUCACAGUAGGUCGUCUUGUUUCAUGGAUAUAAUAUUCAUUUGCAUCCCUCUGAAGUAACUAGUUAGAAUUUCUUUAGAAACUUUUUGGGUCCCUGAGUUGGCUCCUCUUCGGUUGACUACUGGGUUGGUCACCUUGGUCUCCCAUCACUGAGAGGUCCGGGGCAUCUCCCGGUGUUGGGAGUGAAGUCCUGCGGGCAACGCAGGCGGGCGGCUCAGCUUUCCUCCGCAGAGGCCUGGCUGUGGGUGCAGGGUUCUGGUGAGUGGAGGGGUUGCCUACCCGCAGACCCCCCUGGAAGCCCUCCAAUGCCACUUGGGGCUCCGUGGAGGUGGCGAACGUCCGCCUAAUGUCUGCUACUGGGCAGAGCAUGACAGGAGCUGUGAGGUCUCCCCAGGCCCUGAACUCCUCCAGGAGAGGGCUCUUGAUUUCCGGGCUCAGCCCUGUGCCCUGUGGCCCAGGGGAUACAAUAGCCUGGUUCUGACCAAGGC